AUUGUUAGCAGAGAUAGCUAGUAAGCUAACGCCACUGCCUCCAAACAGGUCAAGUAAAAGCAACUAAAACCAGCUGAAGCCUGCUUUAAUAUUAAGUUUACAAAGAUACUGAACAUGGCAAGCCAACAGAAAUUCAGGGAUGCCUAUGUGCCAAACGGGUACUGCGCUCAUACAUUAAUUUACUUGGCGCCAUCUGGUUGGAAUCUGGCAUUUGAUAAACCGUGUCAUAUAGGAAACCGGUUAUUCUUACUGAACAGAUCUGUAUUUGAUCUGGUGAAAUCUAGUAACUACCUGGAGUUAACGGACCCAAAGCUGCUGCAGUGGUACCUCUGUUUGACUCUGUAUGACAGGCUGAUUAUACAAGACAUCGGAGGGUUUCAGUGGUUCUUGCUGAGACAUCCCGCCCUGGAAAUGUCCCAUCAUCAUGUUUAUGUGAAGUUUGAGAACCUACCUGCACGGCCAACCAAGACAUCCAACGGGCCUACGCAUGUCUCAACACCUGCAACAGCUAUAGCAACAACGAGCAGAACCGACUUGGAGAUGCUUCUCAAUGUGAGGGGCCCUUUAACCCCUCUUGGCUGUAGAAGCAGCGGGAAUGAAUCGAAAAAACAUCAACCUGAGGAAACUCGCCUCGCCAAACCGCAGGACGGCUACCGAACCGCCUUCAGCAGCCCCGUCUCUCAGGGGUCAUCACAGCCAUACGAACACAUUCCGUUGUGGGCGAGGUCCAGCAGAUUAGCUGUGCACAAAGAUCCAGCAACCUUGACCAACUUCUCUCUGGACAAGGAUCUGGAAAGAAGCCAGCAGUGGGGAAAGCCUGAGCUGGAGAGCCAGAUGUUAAGCUCCCAAGGCCAGAGUUUUCACUACACAUAUGUUGAAGUCAGUCGAUCACAGUCAGAAUGGCCCAAUAUGGAAACAGACUCUCCUGAGUAUUACAGCAUGGACAGCUUUCAGAGGGAUGGAGAGACGGAGUACAAUGACAGGAGCUUCAUCCAGUCAGGUGAACAGACCCACCCUCCUCUGGUGGAGGACACCAGCACAAAGGAAGGAUGUGCAGAACACACGAUGUAUGGCAAAAAAAACCCCGCAGAUGAAUCUAAUGAAUCUAUGUCCCGCUUUGAAGAUCAGAGUAGCACCUUCCAUACCAUCAUGGAGAAGGAUGAGAGCAUCGUCGCCUGUGAGGCCGUUGAAGAUAUGCAAGCUCGUAACAACGGGCUUCACUCAGCUGAUGGUGAAGCUCAGGCAGCCACCAGUGACAUCUUGAAGUCUUUAAUGAAGACUGCAGAGAAGUACAUCCCCUCUACCCCACAGGUUCUUACCUGUGAUGCGAUGGUUGGCACCGAGCUGCCACCGUGCACGUCAGACAGCACCCAGACUAAGGGUCCAGAAGCAGCCGACAAAAAUGUCAAUACUGAAGUCCAGAUAGCAGAUCUGGACUGUCUGAUUUUGGCUUUCAUCAAACUCAAGGAAAAAGAGAAAAGUUGGAGUUGUAAACAGAGAAAGGAAUGUGAGUGUUUGCAGCGAGCUCAGCGUGCCGAGCUGAGCCUCCUGGCCCUGCAGUACAGCAUGUGCAGACAGCACUGCUCCGGCCUGUACUACACCUCCACUGAGGGAGGCCCCCCACCGUCCAAUAACCCUCCUGCCAACGUUGCCAGUGUUCUGCAGAAACUGGAGUCUGACUAUAAAGCCAUGAGGGAUCAGAUCCUUGCAGGCGUCCCUCUGGAGCAGCUGAAGCCUCUCUCGGUUGAUUCUGAGGAGAUAACCACGGGGGGGCGUUACAUCCCUGCUCAGAUGGUUGGUGACGUGCUGGGAAAUGAUCCAUCAGGGAUCUCCCAGGAAGGAUCCUCACCAAGGGAAGACCCUGGAUGUCCUGAUGAUCAGAUCAGAAGUGACUCCCAGCAGAGUAACAACAAGGAAAAACAAAUGAAGGAGAACAGCACAGCAAAGAAGGCUGUCACUUUGGUCCCGCAGGAGAGAGAUGCUACCUAUAAUGCACACAACCCAGAAGAAAAGCAGACAACAGCUGCUUGUACAGAUGUCAGCAAGGGCGAGGUGUGGUUCGACGCUGAAGAAGACUUGCAGCCUGCAGCCGCUGCUGGGACAGGACAGGAUGAGACCAAUGGUGAGGGGUCAGGGAUUGAAGCAUCAGGGAGCAGGGAAGUGGAGAGCUCAGUCCUCUAUGUUUCAAACCUGCCCAGUAACACCACAGAGAGUGAUGUGAUGCUGUGGUUUGAGAAAUACCAUGCCUCUGAAGUCAGAAUCUCUGCUUUAAAGAAAGAUUUGAGAGUUGCCAUAGUGAUGAUAAGUGGAGCCCAGUGUGCCGAGGCUGCAGUGAGAGAGCUGGAUGGCUGCAGCGUGCACGGCCAUUUUUUACGUGUGGAGCACAUCAACAGAGCCAGGGACGAGAGCCAGAGCCAGAACCAGGCCUCGGGCACUGUGAGGGGGCCGGAGUCCGCCAAAACACAAACCUCCGAGUCUGACGGCAGCAGAGCGGAGAGGAAGCCGCCGCUGAGCUCCAGCCUGAGGAACAGGAAGGUGUUGAGCAUCUCGCCCACAGGGAAGGGAACCUUUGUGCCGCAGCACUACGGCACCAUGGGAGGCUUCGACACCCUGAUGACGGAGCUGACUCAGCGCCACCCGGGCGUGCCGAGGCAGAGGUUUGUGGACGCUCUGCUGGAGCUGAAGGUCAAGCACAAGGGGGUGCUCAGCGGCCUGCCCCUCCGCAUCAUCAGGGAGAUGACCUCCGAGCUCCUCACCGGGGCAGAGAGCGCCACACCGCGCUGAGGAAGCAGUUUUACAGAUAUAAAGCAUCAUAAAUACUCCAGUUAUUCUUUACAACUCUACAGUUCAGAGGAAGAAAUUAAUCAAAAGGAAUUAGGUUUUCUUCAAAAGUUUCGUUACACUUUACCAACAGUUGAUGUUAUUUCCAAGCAUCUGAGUUGUAUAUUCAUAGACAGUUUUGUUUAGUUAUU